UCCCCUCUUUAUCUGGACGUGUGCAAUUGUAGCAGAGUGAGAGAUAGUAUGACUGCCUGUUCACCAACGACAACACUGCACAUACAGUAUUAACCACGGAUCUUAUCGAUGGGGAAUUACAAAUCAAGACCAUCACAGACGUGUACAGAUGAAUGGAAGAAGAAGGUGAGUGAGUCGUACUCUGUGAUCCUGGAGAAGUUGGAGGAUGACCUUCAGCUCAAAGACAGCGAACUUGUGGACCUCAGACUCGCAUUCAGCUCAGACGAGGCAUUUCAGAAGGUGAACUUGAACUACCGAACAGAGAAGGGCCUGUCCUUACUGCAUCUCUGUUGCGUAUGCGGAGGUAACAAGGGACAUAUCAGCUCUUUAAUGCUCAAAGGCCUACGUCCUUCCAGACUGACUAAGAAUGGAUUCACUGCACUCCACUUAGCUGCGUACAAGGACAAUGGCGAGCUGGUUACUGCCCUUCUCCACGGGGGGUCAGAUGUGCAGCAGCUGGGCUACGGUGCCCUCACUGCCUUGCAUGUGGCCACACUUGCGGGACACCUUGAGGCGGCAGAUAUUCUCCUCCAGCAUGGAGCUUGUGUCAAUGUCCAGGAUGCUGUGUUUUUCACCCCACUACAUAUUGCAUCCUAUAACGGCAAUGAGCAGCUUGCCAAACUGCUGCUAAAGUUCGGGGCAGAUGUAAAUGCCAGUGGCGAAGUGGGGGAUCGGCCAUUGCAUCUGGCUGCAGCCAAGGGUUUACUUGAUAUCAUCACACUGCUGGUGGGGGAAGGAGGCAAGGCCAACGUAAACGCUCAGGACAAUGAGGAUCAUGUGCCCCUCCACUUCUGUGCCCGCUUUGGACACCAUGAGGUUGUACGCUUCCUCCUUCAGGGCAACUUCGACGCACAGCCUCAUGCUACCAACAUCUAUGGGGACACACCAUUACACUUGGCCUGCUACAAUGGCAAAUAUGACGCUGUGAAGGAGAUAAUUCAGCUCUCUGGUGCAGAGAGUCUUACAAAGGAGAACAUUUUCAGUGAAACAGCACUUCACAGUGCAUGCACCUAUGGUAAAGACCUGGAGAUGGUCAAAUUCUUGUUGAGCCAGAAUGCGAUGAGCAUCAACCACCAGGGCAGAGAUGGACACACAGCCCUGCACAGCGCCUGCUUCCACGGUCACAUCCGCCUGGUGCAGUUCCUGCUGGACAAUGGGGCGGACAUGAACCUGGUUGCCUGCGACCCCAGCAGGUCAAGCGGGGAGAAGGAUGAACAGACCUGCCUGAUGUGGGCUUAUGAGAAAGGUCAUGAUGCUAUUGUCACUUUACUGAAACACUACAAGCGCCCUGAUGACUCUCCUUGCAAUGAGUACUCGCAGCCAGGAGGGGAUGGUUCCUAUGUUUCUGUACCAUCUCCUCUGGGAAAGAUCAAGAGUAUGACAAAAGAAAAAGCAGAAGUGCUUCUUCUCAGGGCCAGCCUCCCCUCUCAUUUCCAUCUUCAGCUUUCUGAGUUGGAAUUUAAUGAAAUAAUUGGAUCAGGCUCCUUCGGCAGAGUUUACAAAGGAAAGUGCCGGAACAAAAUAGUUGCGAUUAAACGCUACAGAGCCAACACAUACUGCUCCAAGUCAGACGUGGACAUGUUCUGCCGAGAGGUGUCCAUUCUCUGUCGCCUCAACCACCCCUGCAUCAUCCAGUUUGUAGGAGCGUGUUUGGACGACCCCAGCCAGUUUGCUAUCGUCACCCAGUAUAUCUCCGGGGGUUCGCUCUUCUCCUUGCUGCACGAGCAGAAGAGGCUUAUUGAUCUGCAGUCCAAGCUCAUCAUCGCCAUCGACGUAGCCAAGGGAAUGGAGUACCUGCACAACCUCACCCAGCCUAUCAUCCACAGAGACCUCAACAGUCACAAUAUUCUUCUCUAUGAGGACGGACAUGCUGUUGUGGCAGAUUUUGGAGAGUCCCGAUUUCUCCAGUCUGUGGAUGAGGACAACAUGACCAAGCAGCCAGGGAACCUGCGGUGGAUGGCUCCUGAGGUCUUCACCCAGUGUACUCGCUACUCGGUCAAAGCAGACAUGUUCAGCUAUGCCCUCUGUUUGUGGGAGCUGCUCACUGGAGAGAUUCCCUUCGCACACUUGAAACCUGCUGCUGCAGCAGCGGAUAUGGCCUAUCAUCACAUUCGGCCUCCUGUUGGUUACUCCAUCCCCAAACCCAUUUCUGCACUUCUGAUGAGAGGAUGGAACGCAUGUCCAGAGGACCGUCCAGAGUUUUCUGAAGUGGUCACCAACCUGGAGGAGUGCUUAUGCAAUGUUGAGCUGAUGUCACCUGCCUCUAGCAACAGCAGUGGCUCCCUGUCGCCUUCCUCAUCAUCGGACUGUCUCCUCGCCAGAGCUGGACCUAGCCGGGGUCACGUGGCUGCGCUGCGGUCGAGGUUUGAGCUGGAAUAUGCUCUCAACACUCGAGCUUACGCCUUCUGGAGCCAGAGUGAGCGGAGGCGAGCAUCUGGAGGCCUCUCACUGGAGGAAAUAAGAAGGAGCAUGCAGUUUUCUCCCAUUGAUCGCAAUGGUUAUGUAUCAGAUCCCAUGAGCACCAUGCGAUUCUGCUCAUCCUUUAGCAGCAAUGGCAGCUUUGAAGACAGUAACUAACCCUCAUGUACAACACACAUUUAUUUGUUCUCUUAUUUCUUCUACUCAUAUUUGUCAUCCUUUAGCAGCAAAUGCAGCUUUGAUGACAGAAACUAACCCUCAUUGUGACACACAUUUAUCUGUUCUCUUAUUUCUUCUACUUUUGACUGGUGAGGCUGUAAAUACUGUGUAAUGUGUCGGUUUGCUCAAUUUGAAUUUUCAAUACGUCUCACUAUUUAUCAUAUUCUUAAUAUUUCUUAAAAUAAUUAAUAAAAAUGUGAUAUGUUUACUGUAUUUUGUGGUUUGUGUACUUGUAAUUUUUCCAA